GCACGCUCGCCAAGCCCUCGACGUUGCGUCGCCGCAUCGCCCUGUGCAGAGGCAGCGAUGGGUGCCCUUCGAGCCCCAAGCCCGCCUUCGCAGCGAAUGCACUCUCUUGGUCGUCGCCGGUGGCGACUUGCGCGCGGAAGCCUUGUCCGCAGCUUUUGGGGACGAAAUAGCCUGAUAUCCUAUGCAUGUACACCCUCGAAGCCUGACCAUGCCGCUGCGAGGUCCGCAGCCCGUAGCUGUCGCUCCCAGUACACUCGGGCACAACGGACGAAGCGGAGGUUGAGAAACGCGACAUCGACGCCUUGGCGGGAAAGAAGUCGACAUCUAUUCUUAGUUGUGCCUUGCGCUCUCUCACAGAAAAAAAGUUGCUGUGGACAAGGUUUUCCGAAUCUGCUGUAA